AUGUUCAUUGGCCCAAUCUCUCCCGAACCGUUAUUCUGGACUGAGGAUAGUCGCUAUCCGGUCUUCUCUUUUGAGUUUGAUUGGAGAGACCCAGAACAGCUCUCGCAGUACUGUCGGAAUCUCGAGCGACUUCGCGAUGUCUCGUCAAAUUGUCCUCUCGGCUCCGGCUACUCGUUGAUUGUCACUAUCCCUGCCCGCCCUGCUCCUGCGCCACCAAACCAUCGCACUCUUCCCCAAUUCGCUCUUGAAGGUGGUUCUUUGCAGUUGAUCCUAAAGACUGGCCUUCAGAUUGGGCCUGAGUGGUGGGCAAACGUUUGGCUAGUGAAGGUCCAGAAACCUGGAGAGCUCUUCCCUUGGAAAUAUCGUGUUAAAGAUCCUUCCCGUCCGUGCGCCCACAUCCCCACUUGGACGGCAGAGGUUACGACUCAGUGGUUCCGUACUAUUACGGGCACCAUAUGGCAGUUACCGAUGCCGAAUGGCGAACUUGCGUAUGUGCUCUUAUUUGAGUACAUCGAGGGAGAGUCAGUGGAGAAGUGGCGCGAGUCCUACCCUCGUCACCACCGAGAGGGGGACAGUCUUAGUCGCCCGCUUGACCGAGAUUAUCUUCUCAAGGCAAAAACACUAUACAUUUCCAUGCUCCGUGGCUUUAAUCAAAUCAACGAACAGGGCGUCAUUCAUUACGACGUUCAUUCAGCGAACAUGAUUAUAACCAAGGAUUGGCAAAUUGUUGUGAUUGGCUUUCGCAGGGCGUGUAUCCAUGUACCUCUGCAAGAUGCCAAGGAAGGGAGCAAUGCUUUCAAUGCUGUUGAGUCCUUGCUUGCAUGCUGCGAAGAGCACAGAGUAACGUUGCAGAAGUGGUCAGGCACUGAGCUUCCUGAUCGACUGUUAAGGCCUCGACACUUUUACUUUCCGAAUGAUUAA